CGUUCGGUUUCAUUUCCGAGGCGAAUUACAUCAUGAUGGAAUUCAGUGGAAAUAUUUGGAUGGAAGGUCAGGAAUGUCCACAAUUGAGUAUGACAAAUUGUGUCUACAAGAUUUGAAGAAACACCUUGCAGAUCAUGUUUCUUGUUCUGAUGAGGUACUAAAUGCCACAACUUUGCAUUGGAUGUUUCCUUUAAAUGGCAAAGGUGCUCUGGUUAUUAUGGAUGAUGAAGAAUCGGUCCUUCAAAUGGUCAAAUGUGUAACUGAUGUUGGUGUUAUAGAUCUUUAUGCUAACAUGCCAAAAGAGCCUAGUGCCAAGACUAGUGAUUGGGAGGUAGAACAGGGAGAGGGACAAUGGGGAGAAGAACAACAAAAACAAUGUGUAGAUCAGCAGAAAAAUUCAGAGGAAUGCAAAGGAGGUGCAGAGGAGAUGCAAGAGACAGCUGAAGAUGCACGUGCGUUUCAUCAGCCCUAAAAGUUGCCAGUUUUUAGGAAGAUUGUUAAGGGUAGUAGCUCCAUAGGAAAACUAAAGGUGGCUGAAGGGAAAAGAAACAAAGGCGGUGAAGAUGAAUCCACAAGCAGUGAUAGCGACUAUGAGGUUGGUUUAGAAGAUGAAGACAAUAGUUCUGCUGAAGAUGAAGAAACAAUUGAAUUCAGAAAAUAUGCAAGGGAACUUAAGAACAAGAUCACGAACAAGAUGCUUGGGGAAGAGGAUGAGAAAGGUGUUGAUGUGCCAGAGGAUUUCCUUGUCCCGGAGGAUUGCAAGCUUGAUGAUGGUGAUGGUGAUGUGACACCGUAUUUUGACAGUGCAGAUGAUUUCUCUUAUGAUGAAGCAAGUGAUGGGGAUGACAUGCUUAAGAGGAAGAAGACAGAGCACAAAGUUUAUGAUAGUACUUCUGAAAUUCCUUUAUUCUCUGUUGGUAUGGCCUUCCAUGACAGUAGGAAGUUCAAGAAUGCAUUGGUGAAGUAUGGACUGAAAACGUAUCACCACUUGUUAUUUCUAAAAGACGAGAAGAAGAGAGUAAGUGCAAAAUGUAGUGGCCAGGCUGUCCUUGGAGUAUUUAUGGAUCCAUUACCAGCAGGUCUGAUUGGUUGCUAGUAGGGAGAUACAACAAUGAGCACACAUGUAUUCCAAGAAGGGACAACAAGUUGGUCACAUGUGGUGUCAUUGCAAAAAAGUACUUUAGGCAAAUCAGGGACAAUCCAUCAUGGAAGGCAGAGCACAUUCAACAAGCUGUUCUUCAGGAUCUAGUGGCUGAUGUGUCCAUAUCCAAAUGCAAAAGAGCAAAGAAACUUGUUAUGGAGAAGAUAAUUGAUCUAUCAGAUGGUGAGUAUGCUAGAGUUUAUGAUUAUCAACUUGAGUUGCUUAGAAGCAACCCAGGUAGCACUAUUGCAGUGACAUUAAAUCCAGAAAUUCUUGAGAGCAAUGUGUUUGAAAGAAUGUAUAUGUGUUUAGAUGGUUGCAAGAAAGGAUUUCUAGCAGGAUGUAGAAGAGUUGUGGGGCUAGAUGGAUGCUUUCUGAAGGGUGCAUUCAAGGGGCAAUUGCUUUGUGCAAUUGGUAGAGAUGCCAAUAACCAGAUGUAUCCAAUAGCCUGGGCUAUAGUAGAGGUUGAGAGCUAUGAUUCUUGGUAUUGGUUCAUUGGGUUUCUUCAAAAAGAUCUCCAGAUAAACAACAAUGGUGAAGGAUGGGUGUUCAUCUUCGAUCAGCAAAAGGGUCUCAUCAGGGCAGUCAAUGAGCUUGUGCCCCAAGCAGAGCAUAGGAUGUGCGCAAGACACAUUUACGCUAACUGGAGAAAAUAGCAUAGGGACAAGGUCUUUCAGAAAAUGUUUUGGGCAUGUGCCAAGUCAUCGGAUAGAAGCCAGUUCAAUUACAAUAGGGCUAAGCUUGCACAAAAGACAGUAGAGGGUGCGAAAGACAUGAUGAAAACUACACCAGAGUAUUGGUGUAGGGCCUACUUUAGGAUUGGGUCUUUUUGUGACUCAGUUGAGAACAACAUGUGUGAGUCAUUUAAUAAUGCCAUCAUGAGAUCUAGGUUCUAUCCGGUAUUAACUGCAAUGGAAAUCAUUAGAAAGAAGGUCACUGUGAGGAUCCAACAAAACAGAGCAAAGUCUGAGAAGUGGUAUGGAACCAUUUGUCCAAAUAUUUUCAAGAAGUUGAAGGUCAACAUUGAAAGAUCUGCUAGGUGUCAAGUGUUGUGGAAUGGAAAGGAUGGGUUUGAAGUACCGGAAGGUGAGCAUAGGAGAUACACAGUCAAUCUAGAAAACUGGACAUGUUCAUGUAGAUAUUGGCAACUUUCCGGAUUACCUUGUUGUCAUGCGGUUAGUGCAAUCUACACCUGCUCUAGAGAUUUGGAUCUCUACAUUUCACCUUGCUACUCUAUUGCUGAGUACAACAGAAUUUAUGAUCAUGUUCUUCAGCCUAUCAAUGGACCAGAAGAUUGGCCAAUUUCUGAAAAACCUAGACCUCUUCCACCUAAGAAAAGAACACAGACUGGCAGGCCCCAGACAAAGAGAAGGCAGGAGGAAGGAGAGAAACCUAGGAACCCAUCAAAAAUGUCAAGAGCAGGCACUCAGGUGACAUGUUCAAGUUGUGGAACUCAGGGUCACAACAAAAGAAAAUGUACGAAUAACAAUACUGCUGGUAAUAAAGAGCAUGCCAACUUCACAAGAGCAGCUACAAGGAGAAAGGCCAAGCAAGCAAGAACAGAGGUGCCCCUUUCUAUCUUCUUUUUUUUGCAUAUUUUUUCCUGACAUGUGCAAAUUUGCUAAUCUUAACUGUUUUUAAUACAGCAAGCUCAUGUUCCAUCAGCACAACAAAGUUCGG